CAUGUUUGCUAGUCCCAAGACUAUGUUACUAGCUAUGAUACCCCUACUAUGGCCAGCCUAAGAGGUCAUGAAGCAAGUUUCUUAAUGGAGUUAUGGAAAUGGUUGUUCUACGGAGACAGAAAGUAACCAAUUAACUAACUAAUCCAUGUUGAGUACUAUAAGAUAUUUGAACAACCAACUUCCGCGGAUCCGAGCGCCCACAAUGUCGAUGCAAUGGAUUCCUGUUGGAUCGAAUAUGAGCUCGGUCGGACCCAUAUGUCGUAGUCAUCGGGUCGGAAGUGGUCGGAGUCGGACCCGCUAUCUGCCAUCAUUGGGUCAGAAGUGGUCGGAGUCGGAACCGUUGUCCGCCGUGCCGAAGAAGGCCGAGAAGGGAGCUUGGGGCGAAGUGGUCGGAGUCGGAACCGUUGUCCGCCGUGCCGAAGAAGGCCGAGAAGGGAGCUUGGGGCAAAGUGGUCGGAGUCAGAACCGUUGUCCGCCAUGCCGAAGAAGGCCGAGAAGGGAGCUUGGGGCGAAGUGGAGCGGCGAGGGUUUGGUAUGGGAUGCAGCUGGAGAUGAAUAUCUGUGGUGUCUUGGUGAACCAGCGUGAGCCGGAUCCGACAUGACAGGCGCACCCGGGACUCCCUAUUUCCACCCUAGAUUAGGGCCGGUUAUGAGGGGUGCUGGUCAGGCCGGACGUAUAGACAAAUGAGUAUGUUCAAAGUUCUUGAACACGCAAAAUGGAUCAAUCCGGGUCUGCUCAUCGUCGGAGUUGUCUGACCCGUCAGUGUCCUCCUUCUCCCUUUUGGGAGACGGUCCGUCCAUGGAUAGGUCGCCCGGCUUUGCUCUCAAGCGAGGGCAUGUGUGUUCCUCCUCCAUCGCUUUUAGAGGAUGUGGGCACACACGGGUUCCUCUUCCAAGGCAGUGUGCGACGCUGCAUCCACCGCCUCCGUCAUGUUGGUGCGUUGACCUCCUGCACCCUUUGCUUUUUAUGACGGGCACAUAAUCCCUAUAGCAGUCAUACUUUCUCUACAUCAGGGAUGGGACGAGAGAUGAACCUCUAGACUCCCGCUUCUUCGGAUUCGAGCAUGUAGUGCGCCUUUGCACUGGAUUCCCGCUAGAUCGAAUUUGAGCUCGGGCUGGGAUGAUAUGCUCCAGUAGCUAGUCGGGUCGGGAGUGGUCUUAGUUGGAUGUGCUGCCCGCCAUGCCGGUGAAAGCCAGAAAGGGAGUUUGGGGGUGAAGUGGAGCUGCUAGGCUAGGGAUUUUUGUCGAAGACAAAUAUAUGUGGGGCCGUGGUGCACGAGCGUGGACCGGAUCUGAUGUGACAAACGCGCCUGGGCCUGUCCAUUUUCACCCCAGAUUUGGACUGGUUACGAGGGGCGCUGGUUAGCACGAGCGCAUAGAGAAAAAGAGUAUGGUGAAAUUAGGCUAGUCUAGUGAGAGAUGAGGAUGUAAUGGCAUGGAAGUUGGUUGAAGCAAGUUUUUGUGAAUUGAUGAUGAGCAAUGAGUCUUGUGGUUGUUGAAGAGAGCUUGGAAUUAGUAGUAAGAUGGUCUAGUUAGUUAUGGAAUGAAUGAAUUGUGUGUGUGUGUGUGUUUUGAAGAAGAAGAAGAUGAUGAAGAUGGAAUUAGUAGCAAGGGGAUGGCGUUGGUGGUUGAAGGGGAGGAUCUAGUAGGGGAGGAAUGAGUUGAGUGAGGUUUUGAGUUAUUGUUAGUGGUAGGCUUGACCGUUGACUGGUCAAUUGAGUUCAAUUCAAGCUGAUGAAAUAAACAAAGGUAUGGUCUGGUCUGGUCGUAAGGAAGGAAGGGAGAGCGGGUCAAAGAGUCAAAGGGUCAGUUGCUGCUGCUGAUGCUGAUGGAGAGGAGGAAGAAGAAAGGAUGGUGGGAGGAAGCAAAGCAGCUGGUGCUGUGUGUGUGUGUGUGACCCUCAGACAUGAGGUGUGUGAGAGUGACCUGCAGCAGCACACGGAAUCCCAGCAGGAGCAGGAGCAGGUGCAGAGAAUGAAGGAAGGAAGGAAGCAUCACGCACGCGCAAAAUGAGCUUCCUUGCACGCGGUCAGGUCAAGCGAAGCUUCCUUGGUGAUGCCUCCACCUCCACCUCCACACAUGUCCGUGCGUGUGCGUGUGCGUGUGCGUCUAUAUAAUCUGCACCCAACCCAUCCAUGGCUUCCUCAACCGCAUCCACACAUCCAUCAUCUAACCUCACCUCUCCUCUCCUCCCCUCUCCUCCUACCAAACCCAAAACCAAGCAGAGCAAGAGCAAGAGCAAGAGCAAGAGCAAGCAAGCAUGUGCCCUGGCCUGCGCAACCUCGCCGCCGCCAUGCCACCCUCCGCCCACGACCACCCCUCCUCCUACCUGCUCGAGCUCGCCGCCGACGACGACCUCCCCGCCUUCCGCCGCGCCGUCCAGGAGGACAACCUCUCCCUCGUCGCCGCAUCCCCGUGGUACGGGCCAUCCCCCAAAUCAACCAACAACAACAACACGCCCCAGCUCGCGCUCCACCUGCGCACCCCCGCCAUGGUCGCCGCGCUCUACGGCAGCACCACCGUCCUCUCCUACGUCCUCUCCAUCGCCCCCUCCGAGGCCGCCCGCGCCUCCGCAUCCGACGGCGCCACCCCGCUCCUCCUCGCCCACCAGGGCCGCGCGCCAUCCGCGCCCCACGCCGCACGCCUCCUCCUCACCGCCGGCGCAUCAUCGUCCUCCCUACUCGCGCUCCAAGCUCACCCUCUCAACCACCAAAACCAAAACCAAAACAGCCCCACCAAGAAAGACUCGCCGCCGGACUCCAGGAGGACCACCACCAAGAAGGACUACUCCUCCGCCUCCGACUCCCAGACGGAGGACAUCAACGCGGGCGUCUUCGCCACCGACGACUUCCGGAUGUACAGCUUCAAGGUGAACCCGUGCUCCCGCGCCUACACGCACGACUGGACCGAGUGCCCCUUCGCCCACCCCGGCGAGAACGCGCGCCGCCGCGACCCGCGCCGCGUGCCAUACUCGUGCGUCCCAUGCCCGGACUUCCGCCGCGACCCGGCCGCAUGCCGCAAGGGCGACGCCUGCGAGUACGCGCACGGCGUCUUCGAGUCAUGGCUCCACCCCGCGCAGUACCGCACCAGGCUCUGCAAGGACGAGGUCGGAUGCCCGCGCCGCAUCUGCUUCUUCGCGCACGGCGCCCGACAGCUACGCGCCGUCAACCCCUCCGCCGCAUCCAUGGCCUCGCCAUCCCCAACUUCCUCUUCGCCGCCGCGAUCCUCCAGGCCGGCCGCGCUCACCGCGUCGCUCAGCUCGCGGGACCUCGACUUGGACGCCGACAACCAGGCCCAGUACGCGCGCAGGAUGAUGAUGGCCAGGGCCAACUCCCCGCCGGACUACUCGCCCGACCUCGUCGCCGCCUACGUACAGGCGCUCUCCUCCCUGCAACAGCAGCAGCAUCAGCAGAACCAGCAACAGCAGCAUCAGCAGCAGAACCAGCACCAGCAGCAACAUCAGCAGAACCAGCACCAGCAGCAUCAGCAGCAACAUCAGCAGAGCAUGGGGAUGGGGGGGCUGAGCGCCCGCGCCGCCGCCUUCACCAACCGCAGCCAGACCUUCGUGCACCGCUCUCCGUCCCCGGCUCCGGCGCGGUCGUUCAAGUCUCCGGCGCCGUCGUCCAUGCUCGCGGACUGGGGGUCGCCGGACGGGAAGCUGGACUGGGGCGUGCAGGCCGCGGAGCUGCGCAAGUCCACGUCUUUCGGGGUCAGAAGCAGCAGCAGGCCGCAUCAUGAGACGACGAGGGCGGAGGACAACAUGUACCCGUCGUGGAUGAAGGACGGCAGCGAUAUGCUGCUGGCGGCGCGGUGGUCGGACCUGGAGCAGAUGGUCGCCUGAGUAAUACAGUAGUAUUAAUUUUAAUUAUUUCUAGCUGAAGAAGCGUUUAUUUUAUUUCUAGCUGAAGAAGCGUUUAUUUAAUUAUUAAGGGAUAUUCCUGCCACGUACGCUACUCUACUCCAACUCCAGUAUAUAUAUGUAUAAGGAGGGAGAAGAAAAUAUGGUGGAGUAUGAAAGAUAUGUACGUAAUCGUUCUUUGUUUUGUUUUUUUCAAACUCGUUCUGCUGGAACAGUGAUUGAUGAUAAAAAAGAAUCUAAAAUUGGUUGGUGUA